AAUCGCAUGUACACACUACUUUGCAACUGUGACACUCGCACUGCGACACGCUUGCUCUAUCUCCACCGUCCGAUUAUCAAAUAUCCGGCGAUGCCUAUCCGUCAGAUAGCGAUCGGACACCCCCAUGAGACCUACCACCCGGACGCGCUCAGGGCGGCGUUGGCUGAGUUCAUCAGCACACUCAUUUUCGUCUUCGCCGGCGAGGGUUCCGGCAUGGCGUUCAACAAGCUGACUGACAACGGUUCCACCACUCCGGCGGGGCUCGUUGCUGCCGCAUUGGCCCACGCAUUCGGCCUGUUCGUGGCGGUUUCCGUCGGAGCCAAUAUCUCCGGCGGCCACGUGAACCCUGCCGUGACUUUCGGUGCCUUUCUCGGCGGCAACAUUAGUCUUUUACGUGGGAUUUUGUACUGGAUUGCUCAGCUACUUGGUUCCACAGUUGCUUGCUUGCUCCUCAAGUUCGCAACUGGUGGCUUGACGACAUCGGCAUUUGCUUUGUCCACCGGAGUAUCGGUAUGGAACGCGUUCGUACUUGAGAUCGUGAUGACUUUCGGCCUCGUCUACACCGUCUACGCCACCGCAAUCGAUCCGAAGAAGGGUGAAAUUGGGAUAAUUGCACCCAUUGCAAUUGGCUUCAUCGUGGGAGCUAACAUUCUUGCUGGUGGUGCCUUUGAUGGUGCAUCCAUGAACCCAGCAGUGUCAUUUGGGCCUGCUCUGGUCAGCUGGAACUGGACCAACCACUGGGUCUACUGGGCCGGGCCUCUUAUUGGUGGUGGGCUCGCCGGGGUCCUGUACGAGAUCUUCUUUAUUAGUCACAACUCUCACGAGCCCUUGCCCUCCACAGAAUAUUAAUGGAAGGUGAAGUGAAAUGAAAUGAAAUUUCUGGCAUGUAGUUGGUCUGGUCUAGUAUGGAGUAACAAGGCUUUUCAUUGUUUGUUUUUUUUUGGGUUUGAGGUCUUCUUUUUUUCUUUAUGUUUCUUUCAUUCAUGCUAGUUCUUAAUUUGGGGCGAUUGAUCUGUAUCAUCGGACCAUCAAUGUUACCCAAAAAUCAAUUGCUUUUAAUUUCUUAUUGCAUUUCAAUUUUUGUUA